AGAUCCUCAUCAUUGGCAACAGCAGCGUUGGGAAAACUUCCUUCCUCUUCCGGUACGCCGACGAUUCCUUCACUCCUGCCUUCGUCAGCACCGUCGGCAUCGACUUCAAGGUCAAGACCAUCUACCGGAACGACAAGCGCAUCAAGCUGCAGAUCUGGGACACGGCCGGGCAGGAACGAUACCGUACCAUCACCACUGCUUACUACCGCGGCGCCAUGGGCUUCAUCCUGAUGUACGACAUCACCAACGAGGAGUCCUUCAACGCUGUGCAGGACUGGUCCACCCAGAUCAAGACCUACUCUUGGGACAACGCCCAAGUGCUGCUGGUGGGGAACAAGUGUGACAUGGAGGAUGAACGCGUGGUCUCCUCGGAGAAGGGUCGCCAGCUGGCUGAGCACCUGGGCUUUGAGUUUUUCGAGGCCAGUGCCAAGGACAACAUCAACGUGAAGCAAACCUUCGAGAGGCUGGUGGACAUCAUCUGUGAGAAGAUGUCCGAGUCGCUGGACACAGCUGACCCUGCGGUCACUGGGGCCAAGCAGGGC